UAACGGCACCGCCCCCCGACCGCCUCACUUCCGCCGCAUAUUUGCAUAUUCAGCGAACGGGCGUUGGGGCGUCAGCAUCGACGCGGUGACGUCAGGAAGCGCCCCUCCCGCUCCCCGCCCCAAGCGUACGCACGUACGCACGCACGCACGGCGACGAGGGGGCGGGGGAGGAGGGAGAGCGCGGAGGUGCCCCGCCCAGUGAGCAAGGUUGCGCGUGCCCCUUGCGGCCGCCAAGAUGGUGGUGGGCGCGUUCCCUAUGGCGAAGCUGCUGUACCUGGGCAUCCGGCAGGUCAGCAAGCCGCUUGCCAACCGCAUUAAGGAGGCCGCCCGCCGAAGCGAGUUCUUCAAGACCUAUAUCUGCCUCCCGCCGGCUCAGCUGUACCACUGGGUGGAGAUGCGGACCAAGAUGCGCAUCAUGGGCUUCCGGGGCACAGUCAUCAAGCCGUUGAACGAGGAGGCGGCCGCUGAGCUGGGCGCCGAACUACUGGGCGAGGCCACCAUCUUCAUUGUGGGCGGCGGCUGCCUGGUGCUGGAGUACUGGCGCCACCAGAUGCAGCAGCGCAACAAGGAGGAGCAGCAGCAAGCCGCCUGGGACGCGAUGCGGGCCGAGGUGGGCCACCUGGCACUGGCAGUCGAGGCUCUGCAGGCGCAGGUGCAGGUGGCGCCGCCGCAGGGCGCCCUGGAGGAGCUGCGGGCACAGGUGCAGGAGGUGCGCGCCCAGCUGGGCACCCGGGACCCGCCACCCGCGCCCCCUGUGGUGCCCCCACCCACAUCCCAGGAACAGGAGCCUGCUAAAGUCUGAACUUGGACGUGGCCAGGUGUGCCCCGUGUGGCCUUCUCCCCGCACUGCCCCUGCCUGUGCUGGCCCCGCGGAAACCACCUGGAUCUUGAUGGAACUGGGAUUCGGUCACCCCCUACCGACCCGUGGCUCCUGCCACUGUGUGUUUCAGCACAGCCGCCUGGCCUCUAGCUUGUUCGGACGUCCACAGGGCUCAUCUCUCCAGCCCCGCCCCAGACCACACAGACCCACAAGGGCCCAGCCAGCAGGACAACACACCCACUCUUCUGGCAGAAGAGAAAAUGGACCCCCGAGUGGAGCCGGAUCAACCCAUCAGCCCCCAUUGACCUGAUCAGUGUUACCUCUCUCUGAGACUCUCAUCCUUUACUCCGGAACGCCCCCUUCCCUUUGUCAAUCGGUACAGCCCUUGUAAGGAAAUGCAGUGUCUUUCAAUGGCUGGUGGUCCCCGCACCUUCUAAGCUGGCCUCCAGCUGGGCAUCGCCACUCUCUUUGAGGGGAAAAAGGGAUCUGGCUUGCAGCUGAUCCACCAAAUAUUCCAUCUUCCCCCUUAACCUGAUCUGUGGUCCUUCCCCUGAGGCCCCAAGGGGAAUAUUCCAGCAGAAUCCCGCGUCCUUCUGUCUGUGGCACAGCCCGCGGCCAUGGCUGUGCGGGGUCAUCUUCCCAGCCCCGCUUACGUGGUGGGAAAAUUGAUCCUGCCUAGGGCUAACCCAGCCUGUCUUUCAGCCCCGGCCCCCUGUGUACCUGUCCCCAGAGUCCCUGGGCCCUUCCCGACACGCCCUUUCCUACCUUCCCCGCUGUCCUCAUCGCUGGCCUCUCGGGACUGCCGGCCGUGGAUUAGGCAAUCUCAUCCCUCUUCUUCCAUCGGAUCUGCUGAUCCGCGUGCUCGUGCCCUCCUCCCCGGGGCUCGGGGUGGUCCGGCAGUACCCCUUCAUGCAGUGGUGCCCUCCUGCCUCUCUGGCCCCGAGUCCCACCCCCAUCCCACUGGCCCGGGCCACCUUCCAGUGCUCUCAGCUCCUUUAUUAGUGUCCCAGGACUGCCGUAACAAAUGACCGCAACCUGGUGGCUUCAAACAACAGGAAUUUCUUCUCUCCCUGUUCUGGAGGCCGAGACCUGCCAUCACGGUGUCGGCGGGGCUGUGCUCCCUCUGAAGGCUCCCCCGGGGCCUUCCUGCCUCUUCCACUGCUGGGGGCUCCCGGUGCUCCCUGGUAUGUCUGCCGUCUCUGCCUUCCAUCUUCUCGUGGCCUUCUCCUCCUCUGUCUCUCAUAAGUGAGGGUUCUGUUUAAGGCCCACCCUAAAUCUAGGAUGAUUUCACUUCGAGAUCCUUAAUUUAGUGACAUCUACAAAGACCCUUUUCUCAAUAACCUCACAUUCACAGGUUCCAGGGGUUGGGGUGGGACAUCCCCUUUGGGGAGCCGCCAUUCAACACACUACACCCCCACCCCACCCCAAGAGUACGCUGGCAUCCCUGCCAACCCCAUUGGGCAUUUGGCCCUCCCCAUGAGAAACCGUCCAGAAACCGCCCUUCACUGCUUGGUUUCUCUCCCAGGGCUCCCCACCCAAGCAGGGAGGGGCGUGGGCCUCCCCGCCUUGUCUGUGGCUCAGACUGUAGAUGUUUCCCGAUUAAAGGAGCCCCGGCUGAGGAAGGCAUCGUAAGGGUGUGUCUGAGAAGGAUGACAGAUGAAAAUGGCGCAAAGCUCAUCAAAAUAGGAGAGAAGCUGAGAGGGUUCUGAUGGGGUGAGGGGCAGGAAGUCAUCCUGUGAAUUCUUUCUCAGAUGGGGAAACUGAGGCCCGGGGGAGGCAAAGGGACUUGCCCAAGGCCACACAGCCAAUGAGGGUGGUUGUCCAAGGUGGUGGAGUAAGAGAGCAAAGUGGGGGCCCAGGGAGGGAGGCGGAGCCGGGUGCAGGGCCUGGAGGGGGCUGGGGGCACGGCGGGGACCUCCACAGAGGCCACGGCACCCCAGAGGCAGGGGUUGCAUUCUGUCCCCCUGGGCCCGUCUCCAAGCAGCUCCAGGUUGGGGGGGGGCAGGGCCCUUUCUCCCCGUUCCUCCCUCCCCUCACUUCCCCAUGGGGGUCCGAAUGAUCCGGACACGAGACCUACCCAGAGAGAAAGUCAAGAAACUGGGCUUCUAAGGCAUCUUAAUUCCUUCUGGAAGAGCAGGAGAAGCUGAUGCAGAGGGAGCUGAGGAGCUGGGGCCCUGGGGGGGGUAGGGGGGGGCAUGUCUUUAAAACUGGAAGUGACCUGAGUGGGAUAAGUGAUGAGGGGAGAAGGCAAGAGAGAGACCACUGCAUGAAGGGGGGAGGGAUGGAGCCAGUGAGCAGGAACGGGGCCUGGUUUCCAUGGUUCCCGGGGGGCUCCACUUGGCACUGACCCAUCGCUGGAGUUCUGGUUGCUGGAGGCCUGGGACUGGGACUGCCCCCUCCCCCGCCCAUCAUGUCAAUAAAUAGUGAUCAUUGUCGUAACAGAUCCUGUUUAUUGAGCUCUGGUUAGGUGUGCUGGGUACUGUUCUAAGUGCUUUACGUAAUCCCCAUAACGUUAUCUUCUUCGUUUCAUUCAUGAGGAAACUGAGGCACAGAGAGGGCAAGUCACCUGCCCAGGGUCACACAGGCAGGGGAGAAGCAGAAGUGGGAUGCGAAGAUGGGCAGUCUGGGCCAGAGCCCAAGCUCCUCACCCCUGCACCAUCCUGACCCUGACAUGACAUUGCCCUCACAUCGAGACUCAAGACUCAGCCCUGACAGGUCCUUGCCUGUGGCCAGACCUUGUGGGACGCCUCGGCCUCACCCACUGGGUGGGAACGAGGGGUGUGGAAGUGGAACCCGAGUCCCCUCUUAAAAUGCACAAGGCCAGAGCGUGGCUCCCCACUCUGGCUUCCUCCUAGCUAAAGUUUUGUACACCUUUGCGACGUGGGGAGUGGGGUCAGAAUAAAUUUGUCAAUGAGGUUGCUGGUCUUCAA